UAAAAGUGCUACCAAAGGAUAUGGAUCCUUAGAAUAUGAAUUUUGUGGAUUCGAAAAAGCUAAUAUUGUUAAAUUGGUUAUACAUUUAAUGGAUGAUCCUGUUGAUGCAUUGUCAUUUAUGGUACCAGAAGAAAGAGCACAUUAAUUAGGAAAAAAAAUAUGUUAAAGAUUAAAAGAUAAUAUUCCUUAACAUUUAUUUGUUGUAUCCAUUUAGGCUAAAGUUGGUGGUAAAGUCAUAGCAGCUGAAAAAAUUGGAAGUACAGGAAAAAAUGUAACUGCCAAAUGUUAUGGUGGAGAUUACACAAGAAAGAAAAAGUUAUUAGAUCGAUAAAAAGAAGGAAAGAAAAGAAUGAGAGAAGUUGGGAGAGUAACUGUAAGGAAAGAUACUUUUAUUAGUGUUUUCAAAGAUGAUUGA